CAGCGCGGGCCGGAGGGCGGUGGAGGAGCCAGGAGCGAUGCCGCGGCCGGGGAAGAGCUCGUACAGCGACCAAAAGCCACCCUACUCCUACAUCUCCCUGACGGCCAUGGCCAUCCAGCACUCGGCCGAGAAGAUGCUGCCGCUGAGCGACAUCUACAAGUUCAUCAUGGAGCGCUUCCCCUACUACCGCGAGCACACGCAGCGCUGGCAAAACAGCCUGCGGCACAACCUCUCCUUCAAUGACUGCUUCAUCAAGAUCCCGCGGCGGCCCGACCAGCCCGGGAAGGGCAGCUUCUGGGCGCUGCACCCCGACUGCGGCGACAUGUUCGAGAACGGCAGCUUCCUGCGGCGCCGCAAGCGCUUCAAGGUGCUGCGCGCCGACCACGCUCACCUGCACGCCGGGAGCAGCAAGGGCGCGCCGGGAGCCGGGCACGGGGGAGCGGCGGCCGUGGGCAGCGUGGGGCGCCUGUCCCAGUUCCCCCCCUACGGACUGGGCUCGGCCGCCGCCGCCGCCGCCGCCGCCGCCGCCUCCACGUCUGGCUUCAAGCACCCCUUCGCCAUCGAGAACAUCAUCGGCCGGGACUACAAGGGCGUGCUGCAGGCUGGCGGGCUGCCCCUGGCGUCCGUCAUGCACCACCUGGGCUACCCGGUGCCAGGCCAGCUUGGCAACGUCGUCAGCUCCGUGUGGCCUCACGUGGGCGUCAUGGAUUCGGUGGCCGCGGCCGCCGCCGCCGCGGCCGCCGCCGGGGUCCCUGUAGGCCCCGAGUACGGAGCAUUCGGGGUGCCAGUGAAGGCCUUGUGCCACUCUGCGAGCCAGGGCCUUCCAGCUGUGCCCGUGCCCAUCAAGCCCACGCCCGCGCUCCCUCCCGUCACCGCGCUCCCGCCGCCGGCGCUCUCCCUCCCCGCGGCGUCCCAGCCGCCGCCGGCGCCGUCCACCGUGUGUUCCGCGGCUGCGGCCUCGCCGGCAGCCCCUCUGCUGGAUCCCACGGCCCCGAGCGCGCCCGAGAGCAAGGGCGGCCCCCUGCACUCGGUGCUGGUGCACUCUUAG